AUGUCCGAGACUCUGGCUGCUUCUCAGCCCACCAACUUCACCCCCAAGCAGAUCGCGGCCUUCUUUUUUAAGCCCUUCCUUACGGAGGACGGGGACCCGACCGGCUUCCAAAUUUGCAAGGCCUGCGGCAAGACGCGCAAGCACACCCCCAAGACGGGGUACACCAACUUGGUGUCUCACGUGAAGUCGGCGCACCCCCGAUUCCAGCUGGAGAUGGAGGACGCCAGCAUCGCCGCCACGGGGUCGUUGCUACCGUGGGUUCGCCAGAAGGCAUCCAACCGGUAUGCCUGGCUUGAGUGGGUUAUCAGCGGAAACCUCCCUCUUUCAUUUGUUGAAAUGGAAUCCACGCGAAGGUACACCAAGUUACCCCCGGUGUGUCGCAACACACUGUGGGACAACAUGGAGAACGUCGCCAAGGCGGUGGAGAAGAAGAUCGGCGACAAGAUGCCUGACAAGUUCGGUCUACUGCUGGACUGGUGGUCCCAUGGAGCGGAGCACUACCUAGGUGUCUUCGCGUGCUACGAGACACCCUCGGGUCCGCAGUACCCUCUGCUUUCUCUGGCUCCGAUUGUCGUCGACUCUGCUGGUCGAUUCGACGCCGAGACGCACAUGGCUGCGCUGACUGCUUUUCUACCUUUUUUGGGAAGGAACUAUCUAACUGCAUCUUUUUGGUCGGAGACAAUUGUGCAGUGA